AUGACAUAUGAUGAUGUGCAUGUCAACUUCACUCAGGAGGAGUGGGCAUUGCUGGAUCCUUCCCAGAAGAAUCUCUAUAAAGAUGUGAUGCUGGAGACAUAUAUGAACCUCAUUGCUAUAGGAUGCAAUUGGGAAGAUCUUGAAGUUGAAGAACAUUGUCCAAGUUCUGAACGACAUGAAAGGUAUCAGGAAACAUAUAUUGGAGACAAACUCUGUGAAUGUAAUCAGUGUGGUAAAGUCUUUGUACUUCACAGUAAUCUUGAAAUGCAUACAAGAACACAUACUGGAGAGAAACCCUAUGAAUGUAAUCAGUGUGGUAAAGCUUUUGUACUUCAUAGUAAUCUUGAAAUGCAUAGAAGAACACAUACUGGAGAGAAAUCCUAUGAAUGUAAUCAGUGUGGUAAAGCCUUUGCAUAUUACAAUCAUCUUCAAAGGCACACAGGAAAACAUACUGGAGAGAAACCAUAUGAAUGUAAUCAGUGUGUUAAAACCUUUGCUCAAAACAGUGUUCUUCAAAUGCAUAAAAGAACACAUACUGGAGAGAAACCCUAUGAAUGUAAUCAGUGUGGUAAAGCCUUUGCUCGCCACGGUGUUCUUCAAUUGCAUAAAAGAACACAUAGUGGAAAGAAACCAUAUGAAUGUGAUCAAUGUACUAAGGCCUUUAGACGUCAUAGUAAUCUUCAAAGGCAUACAAGAACACAUACUGGAGAGAAACCAUAUGAAUGUGAUCAAUGUUCUAAAGCCUUUGGACAUCAUAGUAAUCUUCAAAGGCAUACAAGAACACAUACUGGAGAGAAACCCUAUGAAUGUAAUCAGUGUGGUAAAGCCUUUGUUCAUUACAGUCAUCUUGGAAGGCACACAAGAACACAUACUGGAGAGAAACCCUAUGAAUGUAAUCAGUGUGGUAAAGCCUUUCUACAGCAUGGUCAUCUUCAAAGGCAUGCAAGAACACAUAUUGGAGAGAAACCCUAG